UCAGGAGUUUAUAUAUAUUUUCAUAUGAUUUUAAUAGUUUAAUUUUAACAAUUACAACUUUUACAGAAAUUAUUAGGAUAUGUAUAUGUAUGCAGCAGAGCACUUGGCUCGGAUUCAUGCUAAUUUCAAAUUUGGGAGGUUGUUUACUGCAAUCACUCACAAGAUUUCACCCAAUUAUGAAGAAGAGAUCAACACCCAUUUCAUCCUCACCUUCAACACCACCCACUUCAUCUCCACAAACCCUAAAAAUCAAACAACCCAUCUCACAAAAUUCAUCCAAGAACCCUAAAAGAGCCCUUUUAACAGCACCCCCAUCUUCAAUUUCCCCCAAAUGGGUCCCACUCAACAUCUCAAAAUCCGAGCUUUUCUUGCCCCUCACUUUCCCCACUGGCCAAACAUUCAGGUGGAAGCAGACUGGCCCACUUGAGUUCACAGGUGUUGUUGGGUCCCACUUGGUGUCCCUCAAGCACCUUGACAAUGGUGACAUUGCUGCUUGCUUUCAUCACUCAAAAGAUGGAGUCUUUGAUGCUAAGUUGGCGUUGUUGGAUUUCUUGAAUGUGGGUAUCUGUUUGGGUGAUUUGUGGGAGGAGUUUUCGGGUUCGGAUUCGAGGUUUGCCCAGUUAGCACCUUAUUUGGGUGGCGCUAGAGUGCUUAGACAGGACCCAUUGGAGUGUCUUGUGCAGUUUAUUUGUUCUUCCAAUAAUAAUAUUAAGAGGAUUACCCAAAUGGUUGAUUUCAUUUCAGGGUUAGGGGUUUAUUUGGGGACUGUUGAGGGUUUUAGGUUUUAUGAGUUUCCUACUUUGGAUAGGUUAUCGAUUGUUUCUGAAGAAGAGCUUCGAGUGGCUGGUUUCGGAUACAGGGCCAAGUACAUAACUCGCACAGUAGAUGCUUUGCGAGCAAAGCCUGGAGGAGGAGUGGAGUGGCUUGCUUCUCUCCGUGACUUGGAUCUUCAAAUGGCUUUUGAUGCUCUAUCUACUCUACCCGGUGUGGGUCCCAAAGUAGCUGCAUGUGUUGCUCUCUUCUCUCUAGAUCAGCAUCACGCUAUUCCUGUUGAUACUCAUGUCUGGCAGAUUGCUACUACAUACCUCAUCCCAGAGCUUGCCGGCACCCGCUUGACGCCUAAGUUAUAUGGUCGCGUGUCAGAGGCGUUUGUCUGCAAAUAUGGGAAGUAUGCUGGUUGGGCCCAAACACUUCUUUUCAUUGCAGAGCUGCCUUCUCAAAAAGCACUAAUACCAUCUAUCUUGUGGACUACCGCAGAAAAGAAACCUUCUAAGCCAAGGAAAAAGAAGAGAAACAUGGAAGAUAUUUGAUCUGAAAUCUUAAGUUGAUCAGGAAAAUUAUAUAUCGUUAGCUAUAUUCGUUGCUAAUACAUAUGAGACUUCAAAGGCUAGUUUAUUCCUGGCAGAGUUAGCAAAGGCUAUUUAGAGGUGUUCUGUAUGCAGCACAGGGUAGAUUUAUAUUAUUUCAAUGCAGCCUCCUAAAUUGGCGCACUGUUUAAAUUAGUUUACAUUUAACCGGCUAGAGUUGUAUUGCUUUUGUGUUUACCUCUGGCAAAAAUUAAAAGUACUAGUGCUGCAAAAAUUGUUACUUCAUUUUCAGCAACUUGGUACUGAGCUGCUCUCCCAUCUGCUUGCACAGGAGCAUUUUCAGCAGGACAUAACAACAAAAACCGCAAUUAUUCCUCUUGUGCAUCUGGCAGGAACUAAGCAAUAAACAAAAUGUGAUAACAACUUGUUUCUUCAUUCAACUCUUGUGCUUUCCAGAAAGAUACCAAACUCUGUCCGUGGAAUUAAUGUAAGCACUAAGCACCAAAAUUACUUUAAUACAUGCAAAUUUGAGUUGAAAUUUCAGGUGUAUAUCACUUGACCAACCCUUUAUUUAUUAUCAUUGUAGGACGCCUGCAGAUACUUUUUAAUAGAGAGCGAAUUUGCUUUGUUUUUAGCAUUUCUAAUCAAUGUUGCAGUCAUUUCUGUAACUGGUUUCGUUUGCAAUUUACCAAAUAUGUCAAAGGAUAACUUGGACGGAUGCGAUGAUAUAACUCUUAUUUCUGCCUUUUUCCUUCUCAAAGGCUAUAUCAUCUUUUGUCUGUGUGUACAGUGAGUGGUUGAUAGUUUCAACAUUUUAAUUAAGAUUUAAGUUUAACCAAUUCAACAUAUUAUGCCUGCCUAGCUGAAUGUUUUGGGAAAAUCAAGUUCUACUGUGUUGUUUUACUAGUUUCGGGUCAGAGUUCAACGAUCACAGGAACUUAUGCUGUACUAGCUUCGGGUCAGAGUUCAACGAUCACAGGAACUUAUGCUGGACAAUACAUUAUGCAGGUUGAAAUUUCAAUAUCAUUAGUUGGAAUUUAUAUUUUAAUGAUAUUGAAAUUCGAAUCUGCAUAAUGUAUUGUCCAGCAUAAGUUCCUGUGAUGGUUGAACUCUGACCCGAAGCUAGUAAAGCAACUGUGUAUACAGCAGAACUUGAUUUUCCUAACACAUUCUGUUGGGUAAGCAUAGUAUGUUGAAUAAGUUAGACUAAAAUUUUAAUUAAAAUGUUAAACUAUUAACACACAGACAAAAAAAAAAUGAUAUGGAUCUUGAGAAGGAAAGAGGCAGAAUUAAGAGUUAUAUCAUCGCAUCUGUCUAGGUUAUCCUUUGACAUAUUUGGUGAAUUGCAAACAAAACCAGUUACAGAAAUGAUUGCAACAUUGAUUAGAAAUGCUAUGAACAAAGUAAAUCCGCUCUAUAUUAAAAAGUAUCUGCAAGCAUCCUGCAAUGAUAAUAAAUAAAGGGUUGGUCAAGUGGGAUACACCCGAAAAUUCAACUCAAAUUUGCCUGUAUCAAAGUAAUGUUAGUGCUUAGUGCUUACAUUAAUUCCACGGACAUGAGUUUGGUAUCUUUCUGGAGAGCACAAGAGCUGAUGGAAGAAACAAGUUGUUAUCGCAUAUUCCUUAGUUCAUCUUGUACAAAUUAUCUUUUAGCCAUAAGUUACAACUUUUACAUCAUUACAAGAGAAGUCAUGAUGUAGUCAUUUUUUUACACAUUUUGUUUAUUGCUUAGUUCAUGGUGUACAAAUUAUCAUCUAAAUCCGCUAUUUGUUUGGAUAACUUGAUUGUUAAUGUCUAACUUAUCAGUUGUCUGUAUAUGAUACGGAAGUGUUAUUUGUAUGUAAGAUAGCUUUCAGAAAUGCGUACAUUGGAAAGUAAAUUCAAAUUUUUUUCAUA